AUGCUCGUCAAUCAAGAGGAAACAUACGGAGUGACAGGAAACUGCAUGGUAAUCAGUUCAUCUACAGUAUGUAAGUCAGAAUCCUCGUCGAAAUUGGAAGAGGACAGCUGCAUUCCACGACUACUAAAAGGGGGAGACGCUAGCUGCCAGUUCGCAAGACGAAACGGAUCGAUUAUAGAAUUGGUAAACGACAAUACAAUAUUCCUCUCAAACUACCAAGGCAUGAUCAGUAGCAGCAAUGCCUCAAGCACUAUUAACGGCACCUACAGCAUCCAACUAAGUAACGAAACAGUCAGGAUUGGUGACCAAGUAUUUUCCAGCAACGAGGUAAUGGCAGCGCAAGCUC